CAGACCACGAUAUCCGCUCUCCUCGCUUCAGGAGCUCAUUUUGGACACGCAUCCACUCGAAUGAACCCCAACUUCAUGCCGUAUGCAUACGGUACUCGUGCAGGUAUUACCAUCAUCGAUCUCGACCACACAUUACCGCUCCUUCGACGUGCUGUCAACCUUGUUCGAGCGGUAGCUCGAGCAGGUGGCCAAAUUCUCUUUAUCGGCACAAGAUCAGACCUGCGUCCCGUUAUACAAAAAGCCGCCGAAAGACUGGGAUCGCAAGGUUUUCAUGUAGGGGAGCGCUGGGUACCAGGAACCUUGUCAAACAGACGCCAGAUCUUUGGUGGUGGUGUUGUGGACAAGACAAACGUCGUACCCGACCUUGCCAUUAUUCUGAAUCCGCUGUCAAACGCCAUCGCCAUCAGCGAGCUCUCCGUCGAACAUGUCCCUACCAUUGGCGUCAUCGACUCAAACGUGGACCCUCGCGUUGUUAUGUACCCUAUUCCAGCGAAUGACGAGAACACGCGGACAGCGGAGCUCAUUGCCGGCGUUUUGAGCGUGGCAGGCCGCGAAGGGGUGGCCCUACGACAGGCAGACUUGCUACAGAAGGCAUACCAG